AAAGUCAUAUAUCUCAUUUCACCCAAAUUUCAAUCUUUGAUAAUCUCCGGCAGCGCAGUGGUGUGGUGGUGAGAUUGAAUCGGAAAUGUCGUUCCUUGGAAUCGAUUUCAGCUGUGCUUUGGGAUCUCUCCGCCAUGGCCAAUUUCCCGAGAAAGAUUGCUUGCUUCCCCUCAUUUCUAAGCUCAUCGGCUAUGCCCUCGUCGCCGCUUCCACCACUGUCAAACUCCCUCAGAUAAUGAAAAUAUUGAAGAAUGGAAGUGUGAGAGGUCUUAGUGUUGUAUCUUUUGAGCUUGAGGUAGUUGGUUACACCAUUGCUCUGGCAUACUGUUUUAACAAGGGGCUUCCCUUCUCAGCUUAUGGGGAGCUAGCCUUUCUGUUGAUCCAAGCAAUAAUUUUAGUCGCUGUCAUCUACUAUUUCUCUCAACCUUUGGGUUUGACAACCUGGAUCAGAGCGCUACUAUACUGUGCUGUGGCGCCAACCAUCUUAGCUGGUCAAAUUGACCCUGUUCUUUUCGAAGCUCUAUAUGCAUCCCAACAUGCAAUUUUUCUGUGUGCUAGGAUCCCUCAGAUAUGGAAAAACUUUUCUAGUAAAAGCACUGGGGAGCUCAGCUUCUUGACAUGUUUAAUGAAUUUCGGAGGUUCCAUUGCUAGGGUAUUUACCAGCUUGCAGGAAAAUGCUCCACAAAGUGUUGUGUUGGGGUCUGUAAUUGGUAUGGCAACCAAUGGUACCCUUCUGAGUCAAAUAAUCUUAUACAAAAAACCAGAAGAAGCUAUUAAACAACAACAACAGAAGAAAAGGGAGUAAGAGACCUAAAUGGAAGAAUCCAAACAUCAUCUUGUUCUAAGUCAAAGCUUCAUUCAUUCAUCCAAGCCACUACUGCCUCUCAAAGCUCAACUACUAAAUCAUUGAAUCUUACACAUUUUUGGACAUAUUUACCCAAAUAUGUUUAUGUAUGUUUGACAAUGUAAUAGUGUAGUUUGUUUCCCAUUGAAAAGCAAUUUUUCACAUCUCUACAA